AUGGCCGUCAACAAGGCGAUUGGAAAAAAGGGGAAAGAAACAAAAAGCCUCCCUCCACCUGAGCGCUUUGCUUCACAUUCCCACCUGCAUUCAUUGCAGCCUCAAAACUUCAUCAAACCCCGCGGGGGGCGCGCGUUAUUAUCCAUCAAGAAGGAGAAGACCCCCUCUAAAUACGCUGCCUCCCCGCCCCCUAAACUGAAAAGGGCAAACCAAAGGCCAAGGUGUGAUGAGACGGCUUCCCCCUUUGCGCUGUCUGUCGGUCACCCUCUCAAAACUACUAUUACCCCCGAACACAUUGUCCAGGAAGAGGUAACAGCCUCCUGGAACGCUCAUUUUCGUCCAACCG